UGGCUCAUGUGACUUUGAUUUCAGAGGGCAAAAUUGUCUUCACUGUAAGUCCAUUUUCCAGAUCGUCGUCUUCGACAAGAGGAGCAUGGUAUUGAUUGACGUAGGGUUCCUCCUACGUACGAGUCAUUGAGUCAACGAUUUUAGAACCCAGGCGGCCUCGGACCUCAUUGCAAACUUCACAAGGAACUUGCUUCAUCCAGGAGACGACGUCGUUCCUGCUGCACAACCCAUUUGAGCUUUUCUGCUUCAGUAGUCACUCCGCCGCCGCCGUCCCUCGCCAGCUUUCUCUUAUGGCGCCCAAGUUUUCAAACCGUACUCAUCUUCAUCUCUCUCUUCUCUUUCUCAUUCUUUGAUCCUAGUUAUAUGCACGUGUGUGUUUGUUAUGGAGCAGAGGCUGUUCUUGAGCAGCUUAAGAAUGGAUUUGCUCAGUUUGAGCUCGUCUCCUACCCCCUUCUCUCUAUUUCAACUUCCAUUUCUCAGGCGAACUUUCCGGCAUCUCUCGGAGACUAUAGCCACCGGUUCUUUGCCGGAACUGGACUAGGCGGAGGAUCUAAAGAGUUCAGGAAAGCCGAAAUCUAUACAGUUCACGAAGUUAAAAAAGAUGGGCGAUGUCUAUUUCGUGCACUGGCAAAAGGAAUAUUGGCAGCAAAUACUGGGUCUCUUCCCGAUCUGACCAAAAGGGAAGAGCAAAAACGUGCAGGCGAACUACUGGAGGAUGUGAAUGAUGUUAUAUGUGAGAAUACGAAGCUCCCCAAGUAUGAAGCAGCCCGGAAGGCAAUUAAUGCUGCACUCUUUAAAGGAGGUUUCCAUAGUUACUGCGAUCGUAUCAGAGAACCCGAUUUCUGGGGAGGAGAGUCGGAGCUACUGGUGCUGUCGCAGUUACUAAAGCAGCCGAUCAUUGUGUAUAAACGAGCGGAUGAGCACACAAAUGGUGGAGGGGGUUCUGCUUUCAUUCCCAUUGAAGAAUAUGGAACCGAGUUUAAGCCCAAGAAGGCUGUGAGGCUCUUGUUAAUUCACUUAAGUGACAGGAACCAUUAUGAUCUGCUUGUAUGAGAGACUGAGAAUGAGAAAUGCAAUCCAUUUUAUAUAUAGUUCUAUUCUUCUAAAGUUCUAUUCAAGAUAA